AUGAUGGGUGUAAGUAAAUCAACGAUAUAUAAAGUUAUAAGAGAAUUAAAAAGUGGAGUUGUUAAACCCCCAAAGAAAAUAGCAGAAGGUGGUGUGUGCCUAUUAGCCGCCGUAAUAAUAACCACACUAGAAAUAAUCAAUCCGCACAGUUUUUCGACCAUACUAGAAGAAGAUUACGACACGCCAUUUGACAGACACGUAAUUAUAGAAGAAAGCAGGGGAAAACGAUUCGAAAAGAAGAAAACGAAUACUAGUUUAGAAGAAGCGAAUUCGUUAGGUAGAAUUUUGAGGAGACUGAAUUCCAAGAAUAAAGAAGACGAAGAAGAAACGAAUAAAACCAGUAACAGAUCGAAUACAAACGAAGAAUUUCACCUCGAACCAAGUCCAUGGACUUAUCCUUAUAAAAAGAACGAUUCCCGUUCUUCAGUAUCGAUAAUUUCUUCUACAAUGUCAAUAACUGCUUCUCCAGUAUGCAAAGAUCAAUUAAGAUAUAACAACGACCCAGUGCAGAUGUGGUGA